UCUGACUCUCCAUUUUCCUGCCCAAGUCCUCCCAACAGCACCAUUUUAACCACAUAGGUGGUUGAACCGAUGCGGGACGGGGUUCUGUAGUUUUCUUCAUUUACUUUGAGGUUCUUUAAUUCAAUUUUUACUUUAUGCAUCUACUGAGUACGAAACCAACCUGUUAUAUUUUAUUUAAACCGAGUAUAACAAGGAUACCUACUGGAAGAGAGACCACUGAAGCUAGGUGCUAAAGUUAACCGCACCAGAUUUUUUUCUCAUAAGACGCAACAGAUUCUACAAUCAAACUUCUCAAAAUGAGUGCUGCUGCAUCCCAAAAAGUGGUCCUGAAAAGCACCACCAAAGUGUCUCUCAAUGAGCGCUUCACUAACAUGCUGAAGAACAAGCAGCCUACUGCAGUAAGCAUUCGAGCCACCAUGCAACAGCAGCAUUUGGCUAGUGCCCGCAAUCGCCGGUUGGCCCAGCAGAUGGAGAACCGCCCCUCAGUCCAAGCAGCUCUAAAUCACAAGCAGAGCCUAAAGCAACGCCUGGGUAAGGGUAGCAUCCAAGCCAGACUAGGCCGGCCCGUCGGAGUUCUAAUGCGUGGAGGACCUGCUGGGAGCAGAGGUGGCUUGCGGGGACUGACCAGAGGAGGAUUUAGAGGAGUCAGAGGAGGAAUCAUGCGAGGGGCUUUGUCCCUGAGGGUGGCUUUUAUUAAUUCAGGAAAGCGAAUUCCUACAGGUGGCCCCAUGCGAGGCCGGGGUAUAGCUAGCCGCAUGCCGAUCCGUAGAGGAGGUCGCUACCGUGGAGUACCUGCUGGACGAGGAGGAAUGAUGUCCAGAGGAGUAGGUCGAGGUGGAGUAGCAAGAGGUCGUGGUGGACUUCGUGGACGUGGUGGAUUCGCUGGUAGAGGAGGACGUGGUCGUGGGCGGGGUAGAGGAAGUGGUCGGCCAGCUGUAACCCGUGAACAGCUCGACAACCAACUUGAUGCCUAUAUGUCAAAGACCAAAGGUCACCUGGACGCAGAGCUGGAUGCUUACAUGGCCCAGGCAGACCCAGACAGCAUGGAGUAAAGGACUGAACAUGAACUAUGUAGUUGAAGUCAGGGCGAUAGUUUAGCAGUAGAUAGAUCUGCUGACAAAAGAAGCAGUGUCGUCUGACCAAUAUUAAACACUGCAAUAGCUACCUGUUGGAAGAACCCUUUCAUUGUGGAAUAGUCCUGAUGUCUACAGAGCUUGAUUCAUCAUUGGUAGCAUUUUUUCUUUUGAGUCAAAACUGUGUUUAAAACUUGUAAAACUGGUCCAUGAUCCUGGAGAUGUCCCUCCCUGUGGAAUCAAUUUAUUAUUUUUGAAAUGAUUUUACUGGUUUUUUGCUUAGACUUUCGAGGAGAUUCAUUGACUUGUCUUAACAACUGUAUUCGGAAAACAUUGUUUAAAUUAUGCAUCCGAAUGUAAGAAAAGAGUUUUAAGACUUUUUUUUUUCAUUUUAUAUUUGGAAAUUUUGCGGAACAUUUAUAAUUGUUUUCCCUGAAGCAAAACAUUUGUUUUAAAAUAAAAAAAGUCUCUUUAGGUAUGGUUAAGAAGUUCAUUUCUAAAAUAUUUUCUUACACUGUCACCAUUAACUUUCUUUUGGAUUGUAUUCAUUAUUAAGUUAGGGAGCUUUAUUUUCUUACCAUUGAUUGGUGAUGAAUAAAAUAUGAAUUCCAAGGGCUAAAGA